GCCCAGCUCUGCUGUGAGGGCUGGAGGAGAGGGCCAUCCUCAAGGCCAACGCUGUUUGCGGAGGAGGGAGAACUGGCCGCCUGGUCAAGCCUGCCCAGACCCUUGCCCGGACUCCUACCUCGGCUCCUGCUCCUCCAGGGCCUAAAAUGGACCCCACAGCCAAGGACGAAAUGCAACCUUCACUUCCUCCUGGCUCUUCCUGCCCAGGGCCAGAGUGGCCGGAGCAGGAGAGGGCGGAGCAGCUGGCCCGGGGUGCAGCACUCAAGUGGGCCUCAGGCAUCUUCUACCGGCCGGAGCAGCUGGCCAGGCUGGGCCAGUACCGCAGCCGUGAGGUACAGCGCACCCGCUCCCUGGAAGCACGCAUUAAGUCAGUGGUGCAGUCAUACCUGGAGGGUGUGAAGACUGGUGUUUGGCAACUGGCACAGGCCCUCGAGGCUGUGCAAGGAGCCCGUGAGGCCCUGGGCCAGGCCCGUGGGUUGCUCCGGGGCAUGGCCAAGGCUGUACAGACCCUAGAGCCCUUGCGGGAGCAGGCUGUCCAACACAAGCAACUGCAGGCCCUGUCUCAGCUGCUGCCCCGGCUGCGAGCAGUGCCCGCUGCAGUGGUCCACGCACAGACCCUGAUUGAUGCCCAUCGGCUCUUGGAGGCAUAUGUGAGCCUUAGGGAGCUGGAGCAGCUGCAAGAGGAGACGUGGGCCUCUCUGGGGGGUCUGGAGUUGCCAGUCUUUGAGGGGCUGGGCCCUCUGGCUGAGGCACUGGGCCAGGCUGUGGAGGCAACUGUAGGGGCUGCAGGGCAGCUGGCCCGGGAAGACCCAGCCCUGUUGGUGGCUGCUGUGCGUGUGGCGGAGGUGGAGGCUGGCAGAACAACCUCCCUGGAGCAGGCCCCCCGGGACUGGCGGCAGCGCUGUCUGCGAGCGCUAGAGGAGGGCCUAGAGCGGGUCCACUUUGGGACACCUCUGCUGCCUGGACCAGGGGCCCUCGCAGGGUGGCUGGAGGCUCUGCGGGUGGCUCUACCAGCCGAAUUGGCCACAGCUGAGGCACUGAUAGCACCCUGCUGCCCACCACACUACAAGGUGGUCCGGCUGUGGGCCCACACCCUGCACGGUGGCCUGCGGCGCUGCCUGCAGCAGUUCCUGGAAGGGCCCGAGCUGGGAGCCUCCGACGCCUUCACCUUGCUGCACUGGGCGCUGCACGUGUACCUGGGGCCAGAAAUGAUGGGGAGCCUGGAAUUGGGGCCGGAGGCUGAUGUGUCUCAGCUGGAACCUCUCCUGACCCUGGAGAAUAUCGAGCAGCUAGAGGCAACAUUUGUAUCCAAAGUCCGGGCAAGUGUGGUGCAGUGGCUGCAGAAGGCACUGGAAGGGGAAGUGGCUGAAUGGGGCCGGGAGCGGGAGCCUGACACAGAUCCAUCCGGCUUCUACCACUCACCAAUGCCAGCCAUCGUGCUGCAGAUCCUGGAAGAAAACAUUCGAGUGACCAGCCUGGUCAGUGAGUCACUGCAGCGGCGGGUGCACGGCAUGGCACUGUCAGAACUGGGAGCGUUCCUGAGGAGCUUUAAUGAUGCUCUGAUCCGAUUCUCCCGAGACCACCUCAGAGGGGAAGCAGUGGUCCCUCAUUACGUGUCCUACCUACUGGCUGCCCUCAACCACCAAUCGGCACUCAGCUCCUCCGUGUCCGUCUUGCAGCCCGAAGGGGUGGUCUCAGGGGCCUUGGCUCCGGUGGAGGCAGCGCUUGACGAGUUGCAGAGGAGGAUCUGCCGGCUGGUGUUGGAGGCGCUGUUGCUGGAGCUCCAGGUGAGACUGCAGGUGGGACUAAGGGUAGGAGGAGAUGAGGCGUAUGUUUGGGAGUCUCUGAGGGGAAAUUCCGGGUCUGGAUCGUCCUUCCAGCCCCUGUUCGCGACUCUGCCCUCGCGCCGUUGGCUGUCGAGCCCAGAGCUGCUGAACAAUGUGUGCGAGCGGACAGCGCGCUUCUGCCGGAACUUCUGGCGUGUUCGGAACCCCGCAUUCCAGGUGCUCCUGGCCGAGACGGAGCGUGCGGUGGUGCUGCAGUACCUAUGUGCGCUGAUGCAAGGCCGCCUAGUGUGCCGCGGUGCGGACGAGCGGAACCAGGCAGCCGAGCGCAUGCAACAGGAUGCCACCCAGCUUCGGGAUCUUUUCCUUGAUUUGGGCCUGGAAGAGAGCGCUCAUUGCGCGCCGGUGCUGCUCACCCUGCGGAAGCUGCUGAACCUCCACGACCCCACGAUGCUUGGCCUCGAGGUGGCAAGCCUUCGGCAACAAUUUCCCGACGUAAGCGAGGAACAUGUCUCUGCCCUCUUGGACCUGCGUGGGGACGUGUCCCGAGAGCAGCGCCAAGCGGCACUCAGCUCCCUGCAGGACGGCCCGCAGCCCUCGCCCCGCGCGGGUCGCCGCGCACUCUUCAGCCUUGUGCCAGCACCUACACCUUCUCCAUCCUCCUGCCUCUUCUCGGGGUCCUGUGCCUGAAUCUCACCUGCUCGCAGAAUAAAGCUGUGUGCCCGCUUCCCCCACCACCACCCCC